ACGCCCGGUAUCAUGGGUGAGUCGAGAAGGAAGUUUGGAGGGAAGCGCACGCUGGAAGAUGUCAGGUACCAGGUGGCCCAAGCACGCAAGGCUCUCGGUGUUGACGAACCACUAGAGUCCAGCAUGUCAGCUGACUCCCACGGCCAGUCGGGUGGGGAUGCCUCCGUCGGCAUGGAAGCAAUGGCUUUCAAAGUAGAGCCAGAUCAACAGAGCAGUGAGGCCAUGUCGGAUUGUUCCAACUUCAACAGUGCUGAGUUGGAGGACGUCACCGUUUCAGACCUACUCAGCACGUGCACGGACGAAGCUGCUACGGAGAAGCUCGUGGACCAAGCUGGUGGCAGAGCACUCGCGGAUGGGAACACGAACGGCGGCGAACUGUCGCUCGAAGGAAGAUACCCGACGUCGCACCUCUACAGGACUGCUGUGGACCUCCUGCUCCACAAGUACCCACACCUGAUUGAUACCACCGGAGAAACCGGAAGGGAGCUGUGGGUUGACUCGCUGAAGUCGAAGUUCAAGAACGUCCGACGCCGGCUGCCGGAACAGGUGUGGAGCAUGAGCAAGGUUCGGAGCAAGUACACUACAUCACCCCGGCGAGCUACUGCUCCACCGAAACCAAAAGAGGAGGGUGUGGGUCGUGCCAGUCGUCCUGUGGCCAUUCAAGGCGUAAUGUCAGCCAGCACCAGUUCCUCGUGGCAAACCGGCCCACUGGGCCUAGGAGGCAUGGAAGGUGCAAGCGAUCAAAACGAAGCGGUUGCUGUCAAGGAGAGGAGUGACAGCAUACGUGAUAUGACAGUGCAGCAAGCCAUCGCUGCCUUCCCUGCUUACAGGCAGGAGUCCGCUUUGCUCGCUGACUUCAAGAUGCUGUGGAACGCCGACAUUCCUGAAUGCUUCGAAAAGGGCAUCAAGAGGAUGUUCCUGGUGCUGAUGAACUCGGGAACGAAGGACGAGAUGGAGAAAAUUUCUCAGGCUGGAAACGAUAUUCUUCUCAUGGUGUUGGGUGCUAUUGCUCGAAGGGUUUCAGAAAGUCUGGAUAGCCUUCUGACAGAGGGAUCAACACUGCCAACGCCAUGUCUAGUCCAACGACCCAACGGGAACAUCGACCUGUUUGUCAACGGAUUCUACCUGCUCACCGCGUCGUCCCUGCUUGGAGGCAUGUGCGUGCUGUUCGCAUCCUUCUGGGUGUUCCACAUCGAGUACCCAAAGGGAGGCCGGAACAUCCUGACGUUCCUGGAACAUGCCUUCCUCAACUUGCGUCACAUGAAGCCACGGCUAAAGUGCUGGGAGCUCAUCAACCUGUACAGAAGCACACACCCAUGAUACAACGUGCCAGAGCUUGUUAUUAACUAAAAAAUGGAGACAAAGAUAUGACAAUUGCUGCGUAUAGCACUGUAGAUGAACAUCAUAAUGUAAUGCAAAAGCUAGCUGAAAGGGAAAUGAGAAGUCCUGGGUUCAUAGUCGCUGUUCAUUUCACGUUGAACUCUGUCAAGCGUUCAUAUUUUUUAUUGCAUCGUUCCAUCAUACAAACAGUGCUUUCUGAAAUAAUUUGCAAAAGUUUUGUGAAUAGACAUUGUCUAUUCUGCA